AUGAACUAUGCAUUUGAUUGCAUACUUGGGAUACCGUGGCUGUCACGGUAUCAGCCGAAGAUAGAUUGGCUUUUUCGGUCCGUCAAACGAAGAAGCGGUUAUGACGUCAGUGAAGUGUUUACUCAUUUGUUGGUCGCUUCAUCCGAUUGGCCUCACGUCAGGGUCGUGAACGAACUCGCCACGACUAGUAGUCAACACAGAGAGAGCGAUGGCCCUCUGUGCGCAGUAUGUUCCGUUACACUGAUGGAGCCACAGAACGAAGCGGUCGAACAGCGGUUCCCGCAGACACAGACAUCGGUCGAACAGGGCGAGGCGGUCGAGCAGGGGCUCCCGCAUACUAGCAAAUCGGACGAGCAGAGGCUCCCGAUCAAUUUUGAGGCGGUCGAGCAGGGGCUCCCGCAUACAAGCACAUCGGACGAGCAGAGGCUCCCGAUCAAUUUCGAGGCGAUCGAGCAGGGGCUCCCGCAUACAAGUGAAGCGGUCGAAGACGAGCUCCCGCUUUUGAUUGACGAGAAUGGGCGGACUACGGAUCCGCAUGAGACCGACGUGGUGGAGACAGAGCUCCCACGUCUAGAGGGGGGUACAUCAUCCUCUUGUGAUAGCGACGUGCCAGUCUCGAGCAGGGGCUCGAGGCGCAAGAGAAAACGCAAGAAAGGAGCACGCCGAUCACCGAGACGACGCAAUUCACGUCAACAUGCUGAUGCAUUUGAUUCCGUAGUGACGGAAUCCGUAUGCGCGCUUGAAUAUGUGGAGGGAUCCCCACAUCGUGGCCGCUACAUUGAGGUAGCGAGUCCACCGUGCACUGCUGCAGAUAUCACAUCUCUGCCAGACCUUACAUGGAAAGACUUCCUUCAUGACCUCAAGGCCGGCGACAUCGAACAAGUGUGCAUCGUUUCAGCCACCGAAGCAGCCAGUGAAGACGUUCUGGAGGCUCGCCCGAAGAGCGCCGAGCCUAAAUCAGCGCGCGAAGAGCGCUUCGCGGCACAGUCUUGUGAUGCUCUUCGUGCUUUAGGCAACCCUGUAUACGAUAUCGCCCGUGAGUACGCCGAUAUUUUCCCGGAGAAAAUUCCAGCUGAGCUUCCGGCGGAUCGUGGUGUGCGGCACGAGAUAGAUCUCGUGCCAGGAUCGAAAUAUUGCGUGACACGGCAGUGGCCGUUACCACGCGACCAAGUCAUCGCUAUUGAUGAAUUUUUCGAGGGUCGCCGCAAGGCUGGCCAUGUCCGCGAGAGUAUCUUGCCACAUUCGAGUCCGACUUUCUGUGUGAAUAAAUCCACCGGCGGUUGGCGCAUUGUGCACGCCUUCAACAAGCUGAAUGACGCCACGAUCCCGGCUCAAACGCCUAUCCCUCGAAAAGACAUGGUAUUAAAUACCAUGUCCGGGAGAUCUACAGCGCCAUAG